AUGCUGAAACCCAUGAUCUGUCGGGCGUCUUCAAACGGCUCAACCAGCAGUGCUUAUUUGUUGCAGGUGCAAGUACUGAACUGCAGCAAAGAUACUCGUGAGGACUUUGAGGAAACUGAGGACAUAUUCGUAGAAUAUUGUGAAAUAAACGUCGAGAACGAGAACGUCGAGAACGAGGCAGAUGAUGCCGAGGAGGCCAAGGUCGUCCUUGGGGCGUCGAACGAGAAGCCCGCUCGAGCCGCCAACAAAAAGCCAAAGAAGAUCAAGACUUCUUCGCCCGAGGGACAAUGGUACGGUUUUCCCACUUCGGACUUCACAGUCAGUCGCGACUGGUUGAGCGGUGCCCAGAACGCGUCCAAGGGCGCAAAAUACAACUUCCGCCACCUCGACAUCACCGUCGACAAGCCUUGGAUUGCCGAAUGUCGUUACUAUUAUUUAGGCUAG